AUGACCUUGGCACAGGCCCUGAUUACAGUACAGUACCUCAAGCUCAGGCCCGCCUUCCCCUUCUCCUUUCCCCCAACCUGCGCAGACCAGUGGGGCCAGAAGGCCAUCCGUCGGAAGACCACCGGCACUGGCCGGAUGAAGCACCUCAAGGAAGUGCACCGCCGCUUCCGCAACGGCUUCCAGGAGGGUGAGCCAAGGUCUCCUGUCCAUACAUCUGUGGAGGUGUUGGCCUGCAGUGUUCUGCUUUGGGGCGGCUCGAUGUCUUUCUUUUCCCGUCUAACGUCUCCCUCCCUCGCCCUGCACUGCCUCACCACUUCCACUCCCUCCUCUCCCCCAGGCGAGGCCAAGCGCGUGCAGCCCGCCACCACCGCAUGA